AUGGCGAAACUUUCUCAAUAUGAAAUUGACCGCGAAGCCAACAUCGCGCGGAACCGUGCUCUGCUCGAAGAACUCGAGCUCAAGCAAGCUGUCGAGGGACUUGGAUUUCCUACAAAACCUACGAAAAAGGAGCCCAAGAAGAAAACCCAGCCCGUACAGCCAUCAAAAAGGAAGCAACCCAAGAAGGAGGACGAAGAACCCACCGUCCGGCGGCAGUCUGCGCGUCUGCGGAAUGUGGCUGAUCCUAAUGAGAGUCCUUCGAGGAAGAGGAAGCGUGAAGCCGAAUUGGAGGAGCAGCGUGCGAAAGAGGCCGAGGAGCGUAUCGAAGCAGAGGAACGCGCCCGAAUUGCCAAGAGGCCCAGGCAUCAGGACUUGGAGCUCGCCACCACGUUAGAAGAUGAGGAUGAGAGGCCACGGUUAGCGGAUGUUUUGAAAGGAGCUUCAAGUACGCGCGUCGACGAAGAGGACCGGAGUGGGAAGAGGGAGCUGGAGGAUUUAAGAGAGGAGCUCAAGGGAAUGCGCGUCGUGUCCCGGGCCAAGGUGACAGAGAAUCGCAUCUAUAGUGCUGCGUACCACCCAGACGUACAGAAGGACCUUAUCUUUUUUGGAGAUAAACACGGUCAGCUGGGUAUCUGGGACGCGCAGGCUCCUCCGGAGGACGUGGGGGACGAAGAUGGGGAUGCUGUGGACGACAGUAAUAAGGCAGGUGGUAAAUAUUGGCGGUUACAGGUCCAUUGGCCUGCUACUUCCAAGUCGUCCAUUUCGUGUGUCAAAUUCAACCCAGUCGACUAUCACACCGUUUACACCAGUGCAUAUGACUGCACGAUACGCAAUCUGUCCUUCACGACGGGUGUCUCCCGUCAGAUUUUUUCGUCUGAUGAGACCCUUCUUUGCAGCAUCGAUCUUACGCCCACCGGGAACGAGAUGUGGAUUUCGGAUGCUGCGGGUGGGUUGACGCAUCUUGAUCUUCGGCAGCACCAAUCAAAGGGUACCUGGUAUGGUUUGUCUGACCAGAAGAUUGGAUGCGUCAGUAUCAAUCCAGCAAGACCGGAGUUUGUGUUGACAGCAAGUAACAGUCGUUCCCUCAAAAUCUGGGAUGUGCGAAAAUUGAAGAACUUGGGCACGCCACCGACUUCGUCGGAUAGUUCCGUUGUAGAGAUUGGAUUUGAGAGUGUGAACAAGUUUGUAGAGUCUAAGAAGGGGUAUGGGUGCUUGCGUGGUGAGUGGCGCCAUGACAAAUCUGUGAGUUCCGCAUAUUGGGAUCCUCGAGGGAAGAGUGUGGUUAGUACGAGCUAUGAUGACGCUAUACGCCUUUGGGAUUUCGAUACCACAGCGUUUGAGAAACCCGGUCCGUUUGGAUCAUCUAGGCCGUUCAGCCGUAUCAAGCAUAAUUGUCAGACGGGCAAAUGGCUGACGAUCCUUCGAGCGCAAUGGUCUCCGAAUCUUGAUGCGCACCCACAUUUUACAAUUGGGAACAUGAAUCACGCGCUGGAUAUUUUUUCUGGCAAGGGCGAGCUUAUCACGCGGCUAUCCGAUAGCGCUAGGAUUUCGGCAGUUCAAGCGGUUACAUGCUCUCACCCUAAGAUCGUGGCCCGAGCUGCGAGUGGUAAUGCAAGUGGGCGAUGUGUACUCUGGGCGCGUGAAUAA